GAAGGGACAUCUCUUCCUUGGCUUAAGUUUCACAACAGAAAGAAAGAGAGAGAGAGAGAGAGAGAGAGAGAGAGAGAGAGAACAGAACAUGCAGAAGUUGAAACAUGGUAUUUUGUUUAUGUUGUGUUCCACUUUUGACCCUCCAAACUUACUUAAUUUACCCGCUUACAAAACCCAAAGUUCCAAAAACACUUGAGGGAGAGAGGAUUGUUGUUGUUCUUUUUCAUGGAGGUGAGCUCUGAGGUGGAAGCUGUGAUACAGUUUCUGAGGAAGAAUGGAUUGAGAGAAGCUGAGAAAGCUCUUGAGGAAGAUAUGAUGGAGAAAAAUGAAGAAGAAGAAGUGGGUGCUUUUGAUUUCGAGAAAUUCUUGUUCCCCAUGCCGCCACCGGUAAGGAUUCCGGCGACCAUCCGGAGAUCGGAGGUGGAUGAGAAAGUCAAGUCCAGUGAUGGGUCGGAUUCAGAUGGUGAUGAAUUUGUCAGCUUGAGGUCUUCUACAAGUGAUGUUUGCUCUUCAGACUUUGUGAAUCCAUAUGGACUUCAUUCUGCAUCUCAGGCUGAUUCCGAUACUUCAUCAGAUAGAUUAUCUCAAUUUGGAACAGCACGUGAUUAUCCUGAUUUUGACAUGCAAAAUGACUUGUAUUGGUAUGAUGACAAAGAUGAAGGCUACCUCAUGACUCCAUGCUUUGCUGGGUCAGACUUCUAUGGCUGUCCAAGUGAGGAUAAGUUUGUCACAACUUCAGAGACAGAGAAGCAACAACAUAAUACACUGAGUGUACUUGACAAAUCUGAAGGAUUUCAAACAGAGGCAAGCAUUGAUUACUUGGACAAGCCAUGCCUUUAUAAUAUGGCCUGCAUAAAUGGGGAAAAUGAGGUUCAAGCAAUGGAUUAUUAUCAUUUUGAUAAAUGUAAUAGGCUUGAAGGGGACAUUGAACCGGAGUUGAAGAACUGUGCUUAUGGUUGUUCACUUCCUCUUUGCAAAUGUUGUGGGGCACCAGGUCUUUAUGAUGAAAAUCCUGUGAACUUCAGCUACUUGAGCUCCAAAGAAACUGAUUUGGGUGAUCUUCAGUUAAAGGCUGCUGGAGACAUUGACACAGAUUAUAAUAGAGCUUCUAAACAUAAAUCUGACAAGAAUGUUUACUCUGCCAAAAGGGGUUCAAACGACUGGAUUGAUGGGUUUGAAGAUGCUUCCGACCUAGUGCACAAGAUUGCUGAGAAAGAUUUAUUUCCCAAUACAAUUGAUAGUUAUGGAGUUGAAGAUGAUGAAGACAAUGGAGAACUUAGUGAACCUAAGGCUGCCGCAGAUGGAGAGGAUAACACUGGGGAUGAACUUCUGAUGUACUCUAAUGAGGAAGAAUAUGAAGUAUUCAAUUUGCGAAUCGUUCACAGGAAAAACAGCAGGUUAAUAUGCAGAAAUCAGUAUAACUCGUGUUAUGCCAUCUACAGGACUGGAUUUGAAGAAAACAAGGACCUGCCUAUUGUGCUAAAUACUGUAAUUGCUGGCAGAUAUUAUGUAACAGAAUACCUAGGUUCAGCUGCUUUUAGUAAGGUUGUUCAAGCACAUGAUCUUCUCAUGGGAAUAGAUGUUUGCCUGAAGAUCAUUAAAAAUGAUAAAGAUUUUUUCGACCAGAGUUUGGAUGAAAUUAAACUUCUAAAGCUUGUUAACAAGCAUGACCCUGGAGAUGAGCACCACAUUUUGCGUCUCUAUGACUACUUUUAUCACCAGGAGCAUCUGUUCAUCGUCUGUGAACUCCUUCGAGCAAACUUGUAUGAAUUUCAGAAAUUCAAUCAAGAAUCUGGCGGAGUAGCUUAUUUUAACCUCAGCAGGUUGCAGGUCGUAACUCGUCAGUGUUUGGAGGCACUUGAUUACUUACAUGGCUUGGGAAUUAUUCACUGUGAUCUAAAGCCUGAGAAUAUUCUUAUCAAAAGUUAUAGAAGAUGUGAGAUAAAAAUUAUUGAUCUUGGAAGCAGUUGCUUUCAGACUGACAAUCUGUGCCUAUAUGUUCAAUCUCGUUCCUAUAGAGCCCCUGAAGUCAUCCUUGGCCUCCCAUAUGACAAGAAGAUUGACCUGUGGUCUCUCGGAUGUAUCCUUGCUGAGCUAUCCUCUGGGGAAGUGCUGUUUCCAAAUGAUGCGGUUGUAAUGAUCCUUGCCCGGAUGGUCGGAAUGCUAGGUCCUUUUGAUCUGGAGAUGUUGGAGAAUGGACAAGAGACAUACAAGUAUUUCACAAAAGAAUAUGAUCUGUACCAUAUAAACGAGGAGACAAACCAAUUAGAAUACAUUAUUUCUGAGGAGUCUCUACUGGAGCAUCAUCUGCAAGUUUCUGAUGUUGGGUUUCUCGAUUUUGUUAGACAUUUGCUUCAGAUGAACCCUCAAAGGCGCCCAACUGCGAGGGAGGCAUUGCAACACCCAUGGCUUUUGUGCUCGUACUAAAGCAGAACUCCUGAAUUGCUGGAGGAAUGACUUUUCCUGUGAGUAUUAACAUUCAUCGAGCAGAAUGGAUUGUACGGGUGCAAGUCCGAGUAAAAUCUCCAAUUUCAAUUUUGGUUUAUGUAUAGCUAUACCACUGAUCAUACUUCAUAUUUAUUCACAUUUUUUUCUGUAAAAACCUCAUCCCCCCCAGUUUUCCCCCCUCUACUUUGUUAGGAUUGUGAAACCACAAGCCCUUUGAUUUGAGUGACAAGAACGAUACAAUAAAUCAUUUAGUGCAUUGAUUGGAAUUCUUUUAUGUCA